UGCCUGUGGUGUUGUGGUUGUGUUGGUGAAUUUUAUCAAGUUUUGCCUUUUUUUAGUACUUCAAAGAAAAUUUUACGCCACAGAGAAGUUCACGGUUAUAAACGCUCCCAACAUACGCAUUCUACGUCUUAAAGAUAUUUAUUAAGAAGCUGUAUAAUAGGUCAAGAAGAGCGGGGGUGAUUGCUAUGGUUUCUUCUUCUGUUUUUUUGACAAACACUUUCAAUCUGGACUAAAAAUUACAAGAUUUAAAAUAAUGCUGAAAGGUUUAAGCUGAUAAGUCUUGAAAAAAAUCAACUCCAAACCUAAAUGGAGUCUAUUCGGAAAUGGUUGUACAAACCUAAGAGAGAUGACAAGUCCUUGCUAGCUCAAUUUUUUUACGCUGACGAGGAGCUGAAUCUAGUGGCAUAUGAGUUGGAUAGUUUUGACGGCAGGAAAGAUCCUGAACGAUGCACUACUCUAGUGAAUCAGUUGCGACAAGCUCAGGACAAGGUCUUGACAAUCAUCAAUGCUAUUAUGGACACUCUUAUAAGUGAAGAACGAGCUCAUAGGGAAUUUCGCGUUAAGUUUCCUGAAGAUGUUCUACAGGAUAAUUUGGCCGGACAGUUGUGGUUUGGUGCAGAGUGUUUAGCAGCUGGAUCGUCAAUAAUGAACCGAGAAGCCGAAAGUUCUGCCAUGCGCCCCCUAGCCAAAGCUGUAACGAAAAGCUUAGAUAAUGUUAGAAACCUCCUGAGAGAAUCUUGCCUGAGGAACAACAUCCCGAAUGGGCCGAUUGCCCUGGACAUCAGUGAUCUUUUUACUGAAAUGCUUUUGGAAUGCCUGAAAAUUUUUGAUAGAUUAUUUGCUGAAUUUGAAUUAGCUUACGUUAGCGCUAUGGUGCCGGUGAAAUCUACUCAAGAAUUUGAAUUGCAGGAGCUGAUAGGAGUGCUUUUUUCAGAAACUCUGCAUCGUUCUUUAAAAAUGAAGCUUCUUACUCAAGAAAUGAUAGACGACUGUGAUCCAGCUUUAAUGUUCACUAUCCCGCGACUAGCUAUAGUUAGUGGCCUUUUAAUUUUUCCAAACGGGCCUUUGUGCAUUGAUAAACCUAUGGAAAAAAUGAGCGAAAUGUUUCGACCCUUUCGAACACUUUUACAUAAAAUCCGUGAGUUGCUAUGGAUUUUGAACAAACGUGAACUUUUCAUGCUUGAAAAACUUCUAUGUGAUAAUGAGCAAAUUGACGAUGUUAAAUCUGUUAGUAAUGUAAAUGUAAAUAUAAAUGAGGACGAGUUUUAUGAUCAGUUUUAUAAUGAUUUGCCUUUCUGUUAUGAACAAUUAUUCGACAAUGAGGAGGAAAAAGAGCCUGAAGAAGAUGCUAAUUAUUCACAACAACGAAACACUUCUACGAUAAGUGAAGCUUUAGAAGGGCCUUCCACAUCAGGCUAUUUAAUUCCCACAAAUAUAGUACGUAACACAAUUAUAGCUUCAUCUGCGUCACCAAAUCCGCGCGGUCAUUCGGCUUCCGUUGAUUCUCCUCCAGACCAUGAUUCUUUAGAAGUUAUAUCAGCUGCUGCUGCCACGUUGUCAUCGAUCCUGAACAUAAACGAAUCAUCCGCCUCUCAGAAAAAGCAAAGUCAAGAACUCGAAUCUCCAGAUGAUUCUGGGAUUUGCACUGAAACAACUAGCUUAGAUCGUUCUCCCAGUCUGGAAAUAACCGAGUCAAGAAAUAAUAAUUGCAAGUGUAGAUGCCAACAGAACUACAAAUGUCCUUCCGAGAGAAAACUAUUGUCGCCAAAAAAUGAGAGGUCUAAGUCAACAUUAUUGGUGAGAAAGAAGAGUCCUCCAUUGACUAGUGCUCUUUCUGCCAACGAAUAUUCUUGCUCGAGUAGCUCAGAAACAUCUUCAUUCAAUAGUAAUUGUGCAGAUGAUGAGGAGAUUGCUUAUGCUAUUCAGGCUGCUGAACUUGCUAAUAGGGAAGAACUCCGCUCUAAAUACAGAUCCAGUGAAGACCUAAUUCACCGAUUAUUUGUAUGUGUUGCCGGAGUAGCUGACCAGCUCCAAACGAAUUUCGCUUGUGAUCUUCGUAACAUCCUCAAAUCAGUGUUCCUUAUAAACGCCUCUGAUUCCAGUGAGGCGCCUCCUAAAUCAUUGGAUACACGAUCCCUGGACAGUUCCAUAGAAUACCAUCCUGCAGAAGAUGAAGUUAUCGAAAAUAAUGAGUUUUCUGUGGAUCCUAAUAUACUAGCGCAAGAAGCUUUGUUCGAUACCAACGUGUAUUUUCAUUUGGACAGUGAGGGCUGUCCGGAAACUGACUACACAAAUCAUCCUCGACAAUAUCAAAUAGAGGAUUCUAUAACUGCUCUAACUUCUGAUUUUAAUAGAUACGCCAUCCUACGGGAAGGUGUGGCUAGUCGAGAUUCAGCGCUACCUGGAAUCAAUCAUCAGUCGCCACCAGAAAUUACCCAAUCACGAUCGGAACCACCUCAAGUACCACCUGCGUGGAUUCCUGACAUUGAGGCCCCCAAGUGUAUGAGCUGCGGUUCAAAUUUUACAGUGGUGAAGAGAAGGCACCACUGCCGAAAUUGCGGGAAAGUAUUCUGCGGUCCUUGCUCAGCCAACAGUGUUCCGUUGCCAAAGUACGGCCUGCUCAAGCCGGUAAGAGUCUGCAAUAAAUGUUUUAUGUAUAACUACUCGUUUUAUGAUUCAUUAGGAGGCUAGCUAAAUCGACAAUUUGAAUCAUAAUUUAUUUGGUUGAGUUUUAUCAGGUUAUUUUGAUGCUAUUUAUAAAUGUGCCUUUUUUUACAAAGUCAAAAGUCCAUAAUAAUUAUUAAAUAUGCGUGAUAGAUAUAUGGCCCUUUUCUAGCUCUUUAAUUUUUUCGUUAUUGACGCUUUGUCAGCAAAACUUGUACUUUCGACAAUAAUCGUACUUUAAUGUCAUUAUACCAAGAAGUGAGUUUUUGUGCUGAACUAAAAUUGAACAAAGUACAAAAAGACCUUCUGGUCCAAAUGGCAAUAAAGUUUGAAUUAUAGACCUGAAAACUAGUAAGCCUGACCAAGUUAUCUGGAAAUUGGAAAUUCAAUAAACUGAAAUAGGCAAUUGUCGUGUGAACAUAGGAAAUCUUCAAUAAUUUACUUAUUUGGACCUUGGUACAUUUUUUUAAGUGUUUAAUAUUUUAUUGCACACUUUAGACUGUAACUUUGAAUAGUUCACAUACUUGCAUUUAUUUUAAACUUAUUUUCAAAGGCAUUAAGAAAUAGAAUGAUUGAAAUCCUUAAAUUUCCUGAUGGAAUUCAACUACAUAUUAUUUUUUGCUGUAGGCACUGUACUUAUGAGUUGUGAGAUUUUGUUUCAAAUAUCUAAAUGUAUUUUAUGAAAUUCUGUCCCUUUAUUUAAACCAAUAUUUUUAAUUGAUAUAAUUUGUUUAAUGGAAUAAUUUGCAAUACCUGCCUACUUCAUGUGAAUGUUUCAAAAUAAGAAAAAGCCAGAUUUUAUUGCUAUUUAUUAUGUAAAAUUGCUGAAGAAUAUAAGUUUGGGUAAACUAUUCUUAUAUGUACUUUCUUACAAGCUCAGUUAGGAAAGAUUCAAAAAUUUUACAUUUGAAUAAAUCUUUCACUGCAUAUUAUUUUCACGCUUUCAAUGAUUUAUUCCCUGAUUUAUUGCUCAAGCAUCCAUUUUUAUGACUUAUAUAUCCCUGACAGAAAAAAUUAUACUACAAUUUAUUUUUUAGUUAUAUGUAUUAGAAUAUAAUAAUUAAUAUACAAUUUUUUCAGUUGCAAUUUAUUACUCCCUGCAGAAAAUAAUUAUUUGUAUAAAUUGUAGUGAUAUUUCUUAGUAAAAAAUUAUCUGUAAAAACUUAUUUUUAUAAAAUAGACUUGGUGGUAACAUUUUAAACUACAUUAUUAUUAGCAUUUCCAAUUUUGCCUUAUUCACACUGUAUAACUUUUUCACAUAAUUUUUAAUGCAGUUUUUUAAAAGAAAUAAUAUUUAAGGCGUUCAACUCCUACAGUUUUUGAAAAAGUAGAUUUAUAAGUAAGAAUUAUUGUAUUUGUUUAUUGUGACUUUAAAUAUUAUUCUUCUGGCAAUAAUCGAACGUUUUCAGGUAUGGAAAAUCGCAGAUUUUUUAUAGCCUAAUUGCUUUGUUGCUUGUUUAAUACAGUACAUGCCAUAUAGGGUUUUUUACAUUUUAUAAAAAUAUAAUUUGAUAUUAUUUAACAAUGAAUUUGACUUGACUUAUCUAUAAGACACUUAUUUUCAAUUAUUAUUUGUAUAUACACAGUACAUUGAUUUGAAAUUAAACAUAAUUCUUACAUAUCAUUCUCAUUGAAUUAGGAAAAAAGUUUCAUUGUACAUGGAUCCGAAAAUGCAUUUUAAAUGAUUUUUGAUCAACUACUGCAUGUCAUAAAAAUCAAUUUCAAUCAGAUGUUUAAUUGUAUGUACAACAAUAAUUGGAUGGAACUAAAUUUAUCUUUGUCUGAUAGCAUAAUUGUUCUUUAACCAAUAUAGUUUAUCAGAUUUGAGCAAUUUAAUUUGAUCAAAGAAUAUUAUUGUAUAACUAUUGUUCAUGUACUAUAAUUUAAUUAAGUCCUUUGACUACUGCGACUGUAAAGACCGUACAAAUACAAAAGUUUUAAGUACCUUACCUUGCUGGUUCUGGUCAAAUAUCUUGCGGCCAAUUUCUACAGGGAUACCAAGUUCCGACUUCUGAUUGCCAAGAGCCCUUUGUUGGACAGUUUGUUCUGUUGUUAUAAUCUUUGGACCGACUGAACCUUAGACUUCUGCGAACUCGUAGUAGUUCGUUUUCCAUAGCGCUAGCCACCAAGGUACAAUUUUUUUUUUUGAACUUGUAUGGAUUCUUAUCUACUAAUAAUCCCGAUAUUUGACUUGCAUGAACAACAAGUAUAAUAUUGUUUAGUUGAGAGUAAGUUAUUUCAUUGUUAAAUACAAUUUUACAAUAAAUUUUCAAUAUUUUGUUUACUUGUACUGAAAUAAUUUGUGAUAACUGUGUAUAUUUUAUUUUGAAUGGUUUAUGGGAUGAUCAGAUCAUAUCCAAUAAAUGUAAUUUUUCAGAAUUA